CGUCGAUGACCAAUGAAAAGAAAACGAACUUGUGUUAUGUGAGAAGUCUGGAUUUUUAAAUGUAAUUGUAGAUAAUUCCCAUGGGUAGCCAUAGUCAGUAUUAUGAUAUUCAUGUUAUAUUAUUCCCAAGUUUACACAUAACAGAAUCACGUGUCUUUGUCGUGUCAAUCAUUUGGGCUUUAGUAAUCUCGCUGAAUUUCAUUUCGAUUUCAUAGUAUACUGUGUACAUGCAUUGCUGCGUUGCCCGAGGGCUUUAGAAAGCGAAUUACUUCACACUUUGAUUAUAAAACAGACGAAACUGGUCGCAUGGAGACCUAGCAUUUCCGAAGCCAUUGGAGCUCAGUACACGUAUCCCUGCAGAUUUAUUGUGUGGAAGGGGGGGAGAUUAAUUCAUUCUUUUUACGUGUUGUCAUCAUCGUGAGAACAAAUGGCCGAAGCAGCUGAACCCGGUAGUGGAUUUAACUCGAAAAGCGUUGCGCUCCGAGCGCAGAAGAAAAUCCUGGGCAAAAUGGCCUCGAAAAGUGUCGCGAAAGCUUUCGUGGAUGACACCACAGGCGAACUGCUUGACCAGUUAUACAAGCUAGCGAAAUUGGAGACAGGAAACAAGAAAGAAGCUGAAAAACUCGUGAAGGACCUGGUGAAAAUCGUCGUCAAGAUCAGCAUACUGUUUCGAAAUGACCAACUGAACCGCGAGGAAAUUCAAAUAGCAGAGAAAUUUAGGAGAAACUUUCGAUCUUCAGCCAUGACUUUUAUUAGUUUCUACGAGGUGGAUUUCUCUUUCGAUAAGAAAUUUUUAACCAAGAACUUGGAGGAUUGCCGAAGCCUGAUUCAUCAAAUUAUCGAUCGGCACCUUACAGCGAAAUCGCAUGGAAGGGUCGAUCACGUUUUCAACUACUAUGCGAACGGUGACAUGUUAGAGCGAGUGUUUCAAGCAAACCGUGAUGGACCUUACGGCACUAUCCUUAAAAACAUUGUAGACAAUCUUAAUAAGCUUAUGGAAGAGGGAAGUGUAUAGGAUACUUGAGUUUUAUUGAGGUUUGGCUUGUAUGUAACUGUGCAUUUGCUAUGUGACGACGACCCCUCUUGUUGCUGAAAUAACAAUCUUUCCGUUUGGCUGGAUAUAUCCUUUUCAAAAUAUGCAAGGCGUGUGUUUAACAUACACAGCCUUUAUUGUCAUGAUAUUUAUUUAACCCUAACUUAUAUUAGGCCUGUAAGCGUUGAAAUUUUUGAGGAAGAGCCAAAAUUAUAAUUUGAAACUAGGAAAAUUUUGUCGCGACCGCAUAUGUUUCUAAUGUUUACAAGCACCAGCUGGCCGACCUUGCUGUUCAAAUUACGUAGAUUUCUACGAUUUCGAAUUUCGUGAAUUUCGCAAGGCGGAGGUUUGUCGUUGAUGCAAGCUCUAUUUUUGGAUAACUCGCUUAAACCGAAGUUUCCCUCGCGAACAGUAAAAUGUUUUUAAGUGUUGGCGGUCGUUUUUUGAUUUAAUUAUUAAAAUUUUGAGACUUGUUAUAAUUAUAGCAAGCGUAGAUUUUCAGAUUUCCUUAGAUAUUCUUAUCAGCAUAACUAUUUGAAAAAAAUUCACUCCCUAUGUUUUUAAUAUCUUAAACUUAAAUCUUUUUCAGUGGCCAAUCUCAUGAUUCUCUCAAAGGAGAUUAAAGCCGACAUUUCGUGCAAUUUAACUCUCCCAUUAAGCCCACCUCCGUUUUGAAAGCCAUUUAGCUUUGAAUUACUACUUUUAUUUGAGAAAUUAUUUCUCACAUGAAAUCUUUAAACUGCAAGUGCUUAAAGAAAGAUUUCUCGGAUUAACCCUUUAAAAUAUCCCCUUAAGAGUUGUUUAGUAUAGUUACUGUAGUGUAAUGAUUAAGGUACUAACUAUUAAGAUCGUAAAAGUUUGCCAUAUGUCUUCAAGUCGAUUUUAGGUAAUAACAUUCAAAAGAAAAAUUCCGAAAUCCUUUUGUUUUAUCUCUAAUCAAGCAAGCUGUUGAUUUUCAAAAGGAAGAAAAAAUAUAUUUUGUCUUUAAUUUCAUUUCUCAACAAAUUAAAAUGUAUGUACAGUAUUAGACUGACUUUAAAGAGGUUGAUUUUAGAUGUCUGUGAAAGGAUCAGAGAUAAUAUAUUUAAUGACUUUGGUUGUAAGUAAUGGCUGUUGGUAGAUCUGUAGUUAUGAGUUGAACAUGAUUAAAAUAAUUCUCUAAUGGAAUAUAUUCAGA